UCGAAGAAAAAGAAUAAUCAACGUGCGGAAACCAAUACUGGAUAAACCAGUUGAACAAGAUUCCUAAAGCUUUCCAGUGGCCUUUUACCUGUUAAAAAAGGUGAUUAGGCAAUCGAAAAAAAACUUGUCACAUCAAGGUCGAGAAAGGCUGUGUGUGAAGCAAACAGAAUUAGGAACAGCACGAUAUACCCAUAAAGGAGCAUUAUUGAGGAAAAUGGACUGCGUCUCUGACCUCAUAGAAAGCUGUGUGACCUGAGACAUUCUAUCCCUGUUAAUUUUCCAGCAAAGCAUGUCCACGUACUCAUCAUCAGCACUUGGCGCUCUGGUUCUUCGUUCCUCGGAAACAUCUUCAACAAUCACCCAGACGUAUUCUACAUGUUUGAGCCAGGACACCCUGUCUGGAUGAAACUGUUACAUGAGACUGCUGAACAUCUCCAUUACCCUCUCAGAGAUCUCCUACAUUCCUUAUUCACUUGUGAUGUUUCAACUCUCCAUCCCUACCUUCCUCGGGGUGGAAAGAAAAUUUCAGAUUUCCACUACUUUGCUGAGAGCCGAGCACUCUGUAUGCCUCCAGCAUGCCAAUCCUCUAAAAUGACAACAAAUUACAACCGUCUUAAUUGUUCUCUUGUAUGUGGAGAAAACCCCUUGAAAAACAUUGAAGCAGUUUGCAGAAGUCAUAAGCACAUGGCAAUGAAGACAGUUCGCAUCCUUGACCUUAAGGUUCUUAUUCCACUGCUCCAAGACCCCAAGCUUGACCUUAGAAUUGUGCAUCUAGUACGAGAUCCACGAGCUGUGGUUUCAUCGAGGCAGUACUUCACUCUUAUUGAUGAUGACAGGAUUGUGUAUAGAGAUGGAAUUUCAGAUCAAGGGAGAAACAAAAACAAGACUCCAAAUGCUACUGAAGUAAUGGCCAAGAUCUGCAGGUCACAGGUCUCAAUGUAUAAAGAGGGCAGAGAUUCCACAAAUUUUCCAUUGGGUCGUUACAUGUUAGUUCGACUAGAAGAUUUGGCGUGGGAUCCCUUGUCUAAUGUCGACAAAGUGUUCUCCUUUGUUGGCUUGACUAUGACACCAGAGAUAAGACAUUGGGUGCAUAAUAUAACACACCAUGAAAUAGCUAGCGAACCAGGGGGAUUUAUGUCAUAUUCAAAAGAGGCCAAAAAUGUCAUAGAUCAUUGGCGAAAGAGGUUGGACUUCAGUAUAGUGAAAGAAAUCCAAUCAGUCUGCCAGGAGGCAAUGGACAUGUUUGGGUACUUACCUGUAGAGUCAGAGGCGGACCUUAAAGACUUGAACUUGGAUAUAGUAUCAGUGAGAAAAAGAAAGAAAACACAUAGAUAA